CAGGGCUCCCGUCGAGGGGGCGGGGCUGAGCGCGCCUGCGUCAUGACGUCACUUGCGUCGCCGCUGAACUGGAGAGGCUCCGACGCAGCAGGUUAAACCCGGCGCACUCGGAGAAUAGGACCGCUGCGCAGCGGAUCUUUGAUAGCUCUACGCGGCCAGGAGCAGCAGACAUCGCUACCUCCCUUUCUCCUUCACUUCUUUUGUUUUAUUAAAUCAUUGUUUUCUCUGCACUGUUGCUCCGACCUCAACAGUCAAUGUUUGCUGGAGAGGAAGCGUGCACAUAUAGACGGAGCGUUUGAGAGCAACAAUGAGCACAGCCAAACCUUCGGGGCUGAAAGCACCCAGCAAAAUCAGCAGGCCGUCCACUGCUGGGCUCACGAAGACCUCUCCUUCUGUCGCUUCUGUUAAACCAGCUCAAGCUGACAAACCCUCAGCCACAGCCCCGGAUGCAGGAGAGCAGUUCAAGCACGGCGAUCGAGUCUGGGUGAAUGGCAACAAGCCGGGCGUCAUUCACUUCUUAGGAGAGACCCAGUUUGCUCCGGGCCAGUGGGCUGGAGUUGUGCUUGACGAGCGUAUUGGGAAGAACGAUGGCUCGGUGUCAGGUGUGCGCUACUUCCAAUGUGACGCGCUUCAGGGUAUCUUCACACGGCCCUCCAAGCUGUCCCACACAGAAGGUGAGGCGGACGAGACGAUGGUUUCUCCUCCGUCCUGUGCUGCACCAGCGUCUGCUUCGCCCCUCAGCACCACUGCUCCAGCCUCAGAGCUGCUGCGCUCCAGGAGUGAGUCUGUGUCCAGCCUGUCAGAGUCCGGCUCGCUCAGGAAGGGAGAGCGUGAGCUGAAGAUCAACGAUCGAGUGCUGGUGACUGGCUCGAAAGCUGGUGUGGUGCGUUUCUUGGGUGAAACAGAUUUUGCCAAGGGAGAGUGGUGUGGAGUUGAGCUGGACGAGCCCUUGGGAAAGAACGAUGGUACUGUGGCUGGAACCAGGUAUUUCCAUUGUCAGGCCAAGUAUGGUCUGUUUGCACCUGUGCACAAGGUGACCCGGAUAGGUUUUCCCUCCACCAGCCUGGCCAAAGCAAAGAGCACUGCACAGAAGACAGCCAGCACACCGUCAGGCCUGAAACACAGCUCCAGCGCCUCCUCCGUCAGCUCCAUCAGCUCCCUGACCUCCUCUGCCAGUGGCAAGCCCAGCCAAACAGGACUGCUGGCGGAGACGUCUGCGCAGUAUGCGAGGAAGAUCUCUGGCACCACAGCACUGCAGGAGGCGCUGAAGGAGAAGCAGCAGCACAUCGAGCAGCUCCUGGCCGAGCGUGACCUGGAGAGAGGAGAGGUGGCCAAAGCCACCAGCCACGUGGGAGCGGUGGAGCAGGAGCUGAGCUUACUGAGAGAAGGCCAGGAGCAGUAUGUUCUGGAGGCCGGUGCGCAGAUGGACCAGCUGCGAGAGCUUGUGGAGGCUGCAGACCGAGAGAAGAUGGAGCUGCUCAGUCAGCUGGAGGAGGAGAAGAGGAAGGUGGAGGACCUGCAGUUCCGGGUGGAGGAAGCCUGCAUCAGCAAAGGAGAUCUGGAGACGCAGACGCAGCUGGAGCAUGCCCUUGUGAAGGAGCUCGAACAGAGUCUUCUCUUUGAAAAGACCAAAGCUGACAAGCUGCAGAGGCAGUUAGAGGACUCUCGGGUGGCCACGGUGUCGGAGAAGUCCCGUAUCCUGGAGUUGGAGCGCGAUCUUGCCUCGCGGGACAAGGAGGUAGCAGCUCUCCGGAAGUCUCUGGAAGCGGUAUCAGGUCAGGACGGUGUUCCUGCUCUCCAGGAAGAGCUGUGCUCCCUCCACACGCAGCUGGACGCUCAGGGCCACCGUCACCAGGAAGAGCUGGAUUCACUGCAGAAGAUGUUCGCGGCUCGAGAAGAGGAACACCGUGAAUCUCUGUCACAGCUCCAAUCAUCCUCCGGUCGCUUGUUGAAGGAUAACGAGCAGCUUUUGGGUCAGCUGGCCAAAUCUAAGGAGGAGAAUUCAAAUAUCGUUGAGGAGUGGCGUGCUAAACUAGCGUCAGUCAAAUCCUCGCACCAGCAAGCCUUGGAGGAGCUCAGAGCCUCAGACACGUGUGAGCUGCUGGAGCUGCGUAAAGCUCUGGCAAACAAGCAUGCUUCUCAAGCCACGGGCUGGACAGGGGAAGCCAACGAUCACAAGACACAGCUCCAGAACGGCAUGGAGGAGAACGAACGGCUGGUAGAAACACUGCGCACCAAUCUGGAGAAGACAGAGGAGCAGCACCUGGUGGAGAUGGAGGAGGUGUUGGGGAAGCUUCACAGCGCUGAGCUCAGGGUCAGAGAGCUGGAGGACACGGGACUUAAGAUCGGCCAGCAGCUGCGACAAAAGACACAAGAAGCUCUGGAGCAAGAAACCGCUCUCCAGACGCUGCAGUCACAGCACAGAGACAUGCAGAGUUUACUGAGCCAAAUACAGGAGGACAAGAGCCAAGCCAGAUCUCAGGAAGAAAAGAAUCUUGAGAAGACCUCUAAUGAUCAAGUCAAAUCUGCUCGGACUAAUCAAGAGUUACUGGAGGAGCUAAGGAGCAAAGAGGAUCAGGUCACAUCCCUCUGUGCUGAACUACAGGAGAUGAAGAGUCAGUGCGCCGCUUUACAGAGAAAUCUGAACGCAAACCAAGAAACAAUAGUGCUGCUGACCGAAGACAAAACUAAACUUGAGGAGGACAUCGUGGACAUGAAAUCAGCGGGAGACAGCUCUGCUCUAAUAACACAGCUGAACGAGGAGCUCAAGCAGAAAGAGAGGAGACUAGAGGAGCUUCAGAAGCAGCAUGAAGAGGACAGACGCUCUCGAGCUCAAGUCCAGGCUGAGAAUGAAGCUGAAAGCCUGGAGCAGAAACACCGAGCAGAGCUGUGCAGUCUGCAGGACACCAUCGAGCUUCUGGAGAAGAGCGCUGCAGACAGUCAGGCCAAAGCCAAAGACGUGCUCACUGUGGAUCGCCACUCAACACAAGUGCAGGAACUACAGCGUGAGCUUGCUCGAGUGCAGCAGGAGCUCGGUGUGUCUCGGGACGAAGGCCUGGAGCUGAAGACACAGAUCCAGCAGCUGGAGACCUCCAGAGAAACAGCUGGGCUCAGAAAGGAGUGUGACGAGCUCCACGAGCAGCUGAAGGAGAUGAAGACCAGGGAAAGCACUCUGAAGAGUGAAUGUGAGAAGCAGAACGCAGCUCUUCAGCAGUCUCUCCAAACACAGAGUGCCCUGAUCUCAGAGAAGCACACAGAAAUAGAGUCUCUGAGGAACCAGCUGGAUGCUUUGAAACAGCAGAACUCGGAGUAUGAGGAGAUCCUGAGAUCUGAGCAACAGAAGAUCAGCAGCCUCACUGAAGAGAUAGAGGAGCUGAAGGAAGCAGUCACAGAGAAAGCCCAAGCGGUGGAGGCUCUGAAACAUGAGAGGAAGACGCUAACCCUGGAGCUUGACACCAGACACAAAGACAGCAGUAUCCUGCUGAACCUCAGAAAGGAGUGUGACGAGCUCCACGAGCAGCUGAAGGAGAUGAAGACCAGAGAAAACACUUUCACGAGAGAAUCAGAGACGGAGAAGGAAGCUCUUCAGCAGUCUCUCCGAACACAGCGUGCCCUGAUCUCAGAGAAGCACACAGAAAUAGAGUCGCUGAGGAACCAGGUAAUAUGGAGGAGUUGUGACAGCCUCAAUAGUCAACUGAAGAAGAUAAAAAUGAGGGAGAGCACUUUAACAAAAGAAACGGAGAAAGAGAAGGAAACUCUUCAGCAGUCUCUCCGAACACAGAGUGCCCUGAUUCUAGAGAAGGACACAGAAAUCGAGUCUCUGAGGAAGAUGCUGAAGGUGCACAGGAGUGAGAGCUCUCUGCUUCAGGAGACGAGUUCAGCUGAGGCUCAGAUCAGCGGCGCAGGACAGGACGCCUCAGAUGAUUCUGCUGUAAAAACAUGGAAGGAGGCAAAGGAGACUGCAGAGCGGCAGGUUGAGUUCCUGAACUCUGUGAUCGUAGAUCUGCAGCGGAAGAACGAGGAGCUCAGAUCUAAACUGGAGAAGAUGGCAGAAGCAGCGCUCGAUGGGAACGCACUAAUUGAGGCCGAGCCGACGCUGAAGAAGAAGCCCGCUCCCCGUCUCUUCUGUGACAUCUGUGACUGCUUUGACCUGCACGAGUCCGAGGACUGUCCCACGCAGCAGCAGACGCCGGACGCUCCACACUCCUGCCACAGACACGCCAGCCUUCAGCGGCCCUACUGUGACAUCUGUGAGGCCUUCGGACACUGGACAGACUCCUGCAAUGAUGACCAGACCUUCUAGAGUCCCUGAAUCAUCA